AUGAUCUCCAUGCAGCGCUCCCUCUCCUCGCCCGUCCGCAUCCACGCCUCUCCUCCAGUAUCUCCGACCAUCACCCAGACGUCCUCGAGAUCCCCAACCCCGUCGCCCGAAAACAAUCCCCAUGGCGGCGCAUUCGACCGGACGAGGGGGCUCGAUGCCCAGCCGUUCUCCCUCACAACAGAAAGCAAUACUGCCUCCCUCCCCUUUCGCCGCAGCGCCGACCUGCCUCGGCGGCCCUCGACCCGCCAGAGCUCGAGCUCUACACCAACCCGAAAGCCCGUUAUAGCCCAGGCCCCGACCAAGCUGCAGCCUCUGCCCUCCAUGGAGCACCGCGACGGCUCCGACGUCCGAGAUGACAGCGCAUACGCGCGAUCUCCCGACAGUCCUGUUCCGGCGCAGGACAGGCCGCAGCCUCUAAUACAAGAUGUCUCCUUGUACACGAACCCACACUUGGCCCCGGAUGUCGAGAGCACGAGCCUCGAGGAGCUUGCACAUCUUGUCAGGCUCUCCAAGUACCAGGAACGGAAGCGCGCCAACACGCGCAUACGCCUCCAGCGGAGCCUAGUGUCCACGGCCAUGUCUGCGCGCCUUGCCCGCUGCGGCGAGAUCGCACAUAGGAACCUCGUCGACUGCUUCCGCGGCGACGACAGGAAGGCCUUUGCGAACCUCUACAAUGCCAUCACCGACGUGCGUAACAGCUGCGACGAGCUCCGUAGGUUCGCCCUGCAGGAGCCCGAGAUGGAGAGCCUGCGCUCUCCGGGAGCAGAGUCCUCGGAUAGCCUGUCUACGCCUACCACUCUCCCCAACGCGGCGAGUGCUGCCAUGGGCGCGACUUCUCCCUUUCUGAACGACAUCUCUGCCUCUGCCCGGGACGCCCUUCUUGGAUUCCUGAUCCAGUUGCGUAAUAACCCUGAUUUCCUGGCUGCUAGGUUGACCGCUCUGAACCCCUCGGAGCUGGCUGCGCUCACGACUUUCUACCAAGGUUUGGAGCCGAUCGAGACUGUCCUUCCCUUUCACAAUCGGCCUUCCGGGCGAGGGCCGAGUGUCACCUCGAACAAGGGCGCAUCCCAGCCGUCCAACACGGUGGAGCGCCUUCUUUCGUUCCAGAGACAUGACCCGUUGUCCGCGUUGAUACAUACCUGCUUUGCCAACUCCGCUGGCCCGGACAGUGCCGAGGACAGGCGCCGGACUGACAUUUGGGCUACAGCUUGUGCGCGGCUCAUAUCGGAACCCAAGACCGGAUUCGACUCGUUUGUGAUAUCUGUGUUGAACGCUUGGUCUACCUUGAGGGACUGGUCCGGCCGUGCUAAUAUGGAGUGGUACCUAAUGAAGAUUCUCGAGGAUGGUGCUUUCCUCCUUGACCGAGCCGAGGACCAGCACGGGACCAGGUUCAACCUGUCGGACUGGACCCAGAAGGACCAGAUCAAGGCCGAGGAGUUCUACGACCGGGCCACGGACGAGCUUUUUGCCAUUAUUGAUGAUGAGGACGCCACUGGAAUCCCGGAAGGCCUGCUAGAGCUUGGCAAUGAGAUCCUGAAGAAGCUGGACAAGAAGUACGUCGAAAGCACGAGGAAAUGGUUUGUUUUCAAAUGGCUCUUCUCCGUCUGGCUGAUCGGCGUCAUCAUUCACCCAGAGAGCUACGGCCUGAUGACUGAGUACCACAUCACCGAGUAUGGCCGGCAAAAGAUCCUCAAGCAGGUUGCGCUGCGAGCCUCGCGCCUGGUCAUCGACAUGCUUUGGCAGACUGGCCCCGUCUCCACCCCGCCCAAGGUGAAAAUGCACGUGGAAAACAUCCUGAAUCGGUUCAAAGGACUCAAGUCCAAGCGGUCGACUGCCAGGCUGCUUCCUGCCAGGUCAAUCACCUCCCUGAGAGAGACGGUCGAGGUCCACCCGUACAUUGUGAUUAGCCCUGCUGAUCUGGUCACACUUGUGAAUGCCCUGUUCCCAGAGCGCCGUCCACAGUCGGCACAAUCCGGAAGCCUGAGAUCCACGGCCAAUUCCAUCUCUGGCUUCUCUGCUAUCUCCCAGCCUAUUUCGGUAUCUACUUCUAGAGGUAAUUUUGAGACUGGAUCGGUGCUCAGCACCAGCGCUUCCUCAAGCUUCAGCGAGGCCACCACGUCCCGCGAACCCCUUUUGGAGGAGCAGCGCACCGGAACCUCGACGCGGUCCUCACCACCACUCCAUGAUUUGGCUAGCCAGCGACAGCAGAACCACUACGAGGACGAUGGAUACAGGCUGCGGCUGGCCGUGCAUGACAUGAUUCAAGCCCUUGGUAGCGAUGUUGCUCGCGGCUCGUGCCAUCCGUGCGCAGAGCGUUGGGCAGUGCUAUUCAUCUCUGCCGAUGGCAACAGCCUGUCUACGCAAAUGACAUAUGACCCCGACGACGACUUGGACGACGAGGAGAAUUCAUCCACGAGUGACACGGACGGCGAUGAGGCCGAUGAUGACCGGCCUGAGCUAGAUAAGGACUACCAUCAACUGCGCGACUCGAUACUAAAGCUCGUCGAAGACUACGAGAUACCCCAUAACUUGGAGAAGGACGGCAGCAAAGCGCAGACUUUUAGCAACCGUGCCACUAGUCUGAAGAAGUACCGGCUGAAGAACAAGAUCAUCACCUCGGAGAGGUCCAUGGAGAGCCGGAACCCCUACAGGCGCCAGUCUGCUGCGGGGUCUGUGGCCGAGUCCGUGGGCACCACGGCCUCGGAUUACGGUAAGGGUAAGGGUACGGAUGAUGUGACCGAGACACCGGAGGAGUACCAGCCCGUGCUUGUGACGAUGCUCGAGGCGGCGUCGUCGCAGUCGCGAGCGCAGUCUGAUUUCGUUUCUGCCCAUCUGUACUGGAGAACCCUUCAGCAGCUGAAUGCACUCACAUCGGACUCACUCCGCCGCGAUGGAUUUGCGACCCUGCUCAACAUCUUCUCGCGAGGACCCCGGGACUCGAUCCGCAGGUCUGCGUCCGCCAUCGAGGAGUACGACGCAUGGCUCGUCUGGCUGAAGCAGUCACAGGAGCGCGCCGAGGGCCUGCUGGAUUCGAUGGGGCGCAGGCUGCGGGCACUGCGGGACAAGAUGUGGUAUGUGACGGAUGUGCGGAACUCGGGUCCGUAUGAGCAUACACGCAACAUCGCUGCUGCGCUCAAGACGAUGGGCAUGCCGCGGCGCUGGGGCACGCUGCAGAAGAACCGCCAUGCUUUCACGCGAGGACCGGCUGCAUCGUACCUGUUCAGGACGGAGACGCAGAUCGUCGACCUCCUGGCUGCUACCGAGGACCAGGGAGGCCCGAACAAGCUGUCCGACGACCAGGCGGAGAAGACGGUGCGGUGGCUCCAGCAGUACGGCAUCGAGAGGAACUUUUGUCGCGGCGAGGAGCGCAUCCACCGCUUCUGCUGCGAGAUCGAUAGCUGCAUUGCGAAACUUGUGGGCGAGGGCAUUGUGGACUCGCCUGUGCUGUGGUCGAGCGAGCUGUACCUGCGAGACAGGAAGAUCUUUGAGGCUGCGAGGAGUCGAGACCGAGAUAGUCAGAUCUGGGACGAUUCUGCGAGUGUCAUAAGCGACCCCGAACGGCGGUAUGCCUCGUCUAGCCGGCCCAACUCGAUCGCGCGCGAUUUACGGUCGAUGUCUGCGCACAACACUAGUCAGCAGUCGUUGGACUCGGCCCGGUUCAGUUUCUCAAGAGCAAGCACGGCUCUGUCCGAUGUGUUUGACGGGCACGAAUACUUUGGCGCAUCGUCGCCCGUCACUACGAUCGACACGUCCACUACGUUUUGGUCGCCCUUCCAUCCCAUGUCGCCGGGGUCUAGCUUCUCUCGGGCCCACUCGCCGACGAUGACGGGUAUCACCACCAUGUCGGGGUCAUUCACGCCCUCUACGCAGUACCAAAUGCAUAGCCCAUACACGCCUACUGGUCGCCCCGGCACGUCAGCGUCGUCGAGCGAGACGAUAUACCAGCAGCGGCAGUCGGACAAGAAGGCUCGUUUCCUCAAGGAGCUCCGGCAGACUCUGACCAGCUUGCUGCUCUCGGACCUGGGCAAUCUCGUGUUUGCCCGAGGUUCAGAGACUGAUCUCUGGUUCGAGUCGCUCGGCCAGGAAUGCAUCGAGCGCCGUGAUAUUCUCAACCAGCGGCGCAUGCGUGCGAUGAAGGACAGAGACAGGGAGAGCAAAGACAAGGAGCGGCGCAGAGCCAACCGGAACUCGCUCAAGCAGCGGACGCUGGAGAAGAAGAAGAGCUUUGGAGACCUGCGCGGUGCGACGGGCGAUAUCAGCGGGAGCAGCAGCCCGUCUCCGAUGCUCGACAAGGCGGACACGCUAAGCCAGGGCACGGCGGACAACAGCUCGACGGCCACGAGCGACACGCCGACGGGCAGGCGCGGCGGCCACAGCAGGAGGAGCAGCGUGCCCGAGUUCCCGUUCACCAAGGCUUAUCAGCGCCUGCUCAGGAUGUUCUGCGUGCACCCCAAUCCCUACGUCAAGCUCAAUUCGCUCUUUGAGCUUGAGCACCUGAUCGUGGCGUCUUUGUCGUCGAGCGGGUCCCGGCGCAGGGCAGCUUGGACGGCAAAGUUGCCGGAUGCUGGGCUGUCCGACACGCACGGCGGUGGCUCCGGCAGUGGCAAUGGUGGGCGCACCCGCCCGCUCGAGGAGGCCAUCGACAACGUCAAGGAGCGGAGGUCGCACAUCAUAGCGCAGUCGGCGGCGGCGCUCUCGUCCCCCGGCGGGGGCGGCGCCAUGGCCAACGCCGAGACGCGCUCGAUCGUGUCGUCGUCGGUGGCCAACCCGGCCAACACGGACGCCAUCGCCAACGUGCUGCAGUCGCUGUUCCGCGACCAGUCGAUCCGGCCCAAGACGCUGUUCCGGGACCUGCAGUACAUCGCGGCGUUCGUGCCGGCGGCGGUGCUCGACUCGCCCGACCGCGGCCGCGCGUUCUGGAACGUCGGGCUCGCGGCGCUGUCGCUCAAGGAGGAGGUCUGCACGACCAUGGUCGAGGUGGCGGACCAGGUCGUGGCGAGCGUGACCAAGGCGCGGCAGGGGAACACUGGUAGCAGCGGCGGCGGUGCGGCGGCGGCGGCGGAAGCCGCGGACUCGCCGGAGCAGUCGCUGCAGCUGCCCGUCACGCACGGCCUCGCGGACGCGGCGCGCAUGUGGACCAUCACCGCCAAGGAGGGGGACCCGACGUCGCAGCGCGAGCUGGCGCUGUUCUACCUGAGCAACCCCGAGCUCGUGGAGCGGACGACGCUGCCGCUCAGCAAGCCGCGGGAGGUGUUCAAGCAGACCAUCAUUGACAAGUAUAGCAGCAGCAGCAGCAGCAGUGCUGAUACCUCUGGGAAGGGGGGCUCCGGGUCCGGGUCUUCUGCUGGGCUUGGGGGUGGCGUGGGCGGAUCGGGGGUUGGUGGUGGUGGAGGGAGUGGUGGUGGUGCCGGCGGCGGCGGUGGUGCUGGUGUCAAGGCCGGGGCGGGGAACGACGUCCGGAGCGAUCCUGCGCUCAUGUGCGUUGCGAUCCACUGGAUGGAGGCGGCGGAGAAGGGCGGGGAUGAGCUGGCGAGGAUGUUCCUCGGGCAGAAUGAGAUGGGGGGGAGCAAGGCUGACGUUGCUGCCGCUGAAGAACCCGAAGGACAACGAGAACACGGCCAACAAUGGCUGGCUCGAUUUUGCGGGCAGCCAGAGGCAUACCAGGCUCAGAAGGCAGCCGAAGACAGUCAGCAUCAGUAUGUUGAACCUCCCGAACCUGUCGGCGUAGUAGCCCGGGAUGCAGCGUCCAAACACGCCGCCUGCGUUGAGCAGGGAGAGUUGCAUGUACGCAAACCGAGACGAGCUCCCGUGGUCGAGCGCGUACGACGUGAUGUACGAGAACGGGAUGAAGAGGCCCCACUCGAGGAAGAAGACGCCGAAGCUCGUCAGCGUCAGGGCGGCGUGGCGGAGCACGCUCAGUUCCGGCCUGACGGUCGCGAACGUGAGGGGCUUGGGCGGGAACCGGGGCCGGAUGAGCGCCAGUGCCAGCGUGAACGUGCCCAGGCACACGAACCCUGCCGCGCGGGUCGCCCAGGCGAACCCGACGCGCUCGAACAGGUUCUGCAGCAUGAGGGGGAAGACGAUGCCGCCGACCGCGCCCCCGGAGGAGGCGAUGCCCGUCGCCAGCCCGCGCCGCCUGUUGAAGUAGUGCGCCACGAUGGCGAUGGCCGGCCCGUAGAUCAUCGAGAGGCCGAGCCCGCCCAGCAGCCCAAAGACCAGCAUGAAGUGCCAGUACGCGGUGCAGAAGCCCAGCAGCAUGAGGAACAGGACCGUCAGGAGGCCGCCGCAGGCGAUGAGCUCCCGGGGCCCCCUGGCGUCGAAGAUGGGGCCCGCCUGCACGCCCAAGAGGAAUGCCAGCCCGUUGUAGACGCCAAAGAUCCAGCCGAUCGACACGCUGCUCUGGUCGCUCAGCUGGUUCCGCAGGAAGUAGGCCUGGAAUGUCCCUAUGCUGUUCAUGAAGGACAUGGAGCCGAAGAGCGCACACCAGCUCCCCACCACCACGCCCCAGGCUCUCCAGCCGCCCUCUGGGUACUCCGGUUCAGUCGGAUUCACGCAUUCUUCUUGGGAAUCAUCGUCGAAUAUUGCAUUGCUUUCCUGGUGCCGGGUACCUUGGUCUGCUUUCUUUUCUGA